AUGAAGGCCUCUCUUUCACUCCUCCUGCUGACGGCGGCCAGCAUGGCGAGCGCCGCCAUGUCUUUCUCGGAGUGUGCACAAAUGUGCCUUAACAACAUGAAAGCCAAGGCUGGCGAGCUGGGCUGCUCCAGCAGCGACAUGAACUGUCUCUGCGCAAAAGCCAACUACGGAUAUGGUAUCCGUGAUUGCACCACCGAGGCCUGUCCUGCCGACAGUGCCGCCGCCGUCCUAUCCAGUGCGCUGUCCUCAUGUCCUAGUGACUCUGCAGCUGUCACUGCCACAGGAGCGGGCUCUGGCUCUAAUGGCUCUGGUUCUAAUGGCUCUGGUUCUAAUGGCUCUGGUUCUAAUGGCUCUGGCUCUGGCUCUGGCUCUGGCUCCAGCUCUGGCUCUAACUCUGGAUCUUCUACCACCGCUACUAGCACUGCGACCAAGAGCGGCAGCAACCCAACUGGUGCCUCCUCCACUGGCACCCACCCUUCGGAAACUGGAGCUACUACCACUGGAGCGAACCCCUCCAACACUGGUGCCACUACCACAGAUACGACAAUGACCACUACUACCAGCUCCACUUCCACCUCUGAGAAUGGCACCUCCACUGGCAACAGUUCCUCCGGGACUGGAACUGGUAGCGGCUCUGGCUCCGGCUCCGGCUCCAGCUCCACUGCCACUCAGACUGCCCCCUCCAGCUCGCACACUGGCAACGUUGCCCCUCGCGGCGCUGUCGUUGGUUCCGGUGCCGUCGGAGCCCUGGCCCUCGCUGCCUUGGUUAUCCUAUAG